UUCAUGGGAGUUGCUAUCGCACAACUGAAGAUGUUUUGUUGUGAAAUGUGAGUUACUUAAUUGAUGACAUUUGUCUGCAAUGAUUUGAAAAAAAAAUAUCUUGCAACCAUUAAGUAUAAUUAGGAGGCAUUUUUGGAAGUUUAUUAUGAUAUUUGGGUGGAGUUAAGUAAAUUUUGCGUGUUUGCUGAGUUACUGUAGUUUAUGAUGCACUUAUAUUAUGCGUAAUUAGUAAGGCUACGUGGACUGUAUCUAAAUGUGUUUAAAUAUUAUUUAUGAAUUGGACAAAAAUGUUUUACCUUAGAAACUACUGUAGCCUUGAAAUGACUUUCGUAUCUAUAUGGUUUUUGCUGUGUGUACCAGGGUGAUUUGUAGGUUUAAUCAUCAGGAAUAUUAUAAAUAUUUUCUUACGUAUGUUGACGCAUCAUAGAGAGACUUUCUCUUACAGUGUUUUAAAACAAAUUAAUGUUAUAUUUGUAUUAGUUUUUGUUACACCGUUCAGAAUACAUAAAUAUGCGUAUGUGAAAUUUGUUAACUGUAAUACAUAAUAACUAGUUUUACUAGUAACAUUCUUCUUCAUAAUGUAUAUUAAAUUAUUUAUAUUUCAAAUAUUAUGUAUUGAUGAUACAUGUUCCUGCAAUCGGGCUACUAUAGCCCGGUCGCAAGGUUAAUGUUUUACUUAUUUUGAGAAUUGUUUGAGUAGUAACAUUUAGCUGUUCACCAAAAUAAUGUAUGAACCAAAUAAUUUUCAACUGAGAAUAAUUUUUAAAUUUGUUUUUGUUGUAUAGGAGGACCCAAAAUAGAUAUUCGAAAUAAGAGUACCUUUAACGUACUGAAAAAUUUCAUACAUAUUAAUAUCAAACAUCAUAUCAUGCAGCUAUUUUAUAAAUUUAAUUAUAUGUUAUAAAGGAUAUAUGAGAAAUUAUUGUUUUCUUGUUAACUGUUAAAUGUUAUUAUCAAAGGGUAACAAACAACCGUACCAAUCAAAUCUUUGUGCUUACUAAUAGUAAUGCUUAUAUUCAAUAUUAUCAAAGUGCAAAAUACUAAUAUACCAAUACCUAGAUGUACAUAUACAAAAAAAUAGGUAGAUAUUUAUUUUAGUAUUUUAACUGUUAACAUAAAAAAUGUUAAAUAUUAAAAAGAUUAUUUAUGAAACAAAAUUGUAAGUGUAUUGUGUAAUGUGCUGUUGUUACGUGGCACCGGUCACAGGCUAGUGUGUCGUGAAUGUGCGUCAGAAUGUCCAAGUUGAGUCAGAAAUGGCCCGUGAAGCUGCUCGGACUGUGCCUCUGGCGUUGGUGCGCUCACAUUCAGCACCAGCAACAGCAGUUGGCCUCGCUCAAGUGGGUCACAGUGAAGCGCUGCAUGGCUGCUCUGUUGGUGUUCAGCGUCGUGUCCAUCGUGUUCUACAUGCACUACCUUGUUCAGCUGUCGUUUCAGAACAAGCCGCGCCCAGAGCCGUUCAUUCAGUGCCAUGUGCCGAGCGGCAUGCUGAGCACCCCGGAUCAUCGCUCUGCCGCUCGCCUACGCAUUGACCCCAAAGUGUUGGUGGUCGUGGACACACCUGACUCACGUCUGGGUCGUGAGAUUGCCGAGUUAUUGGUGUACAACAGGAUAAAAAGUGAAAUUUUGGUUAUCGGUGCACCGGUGGUACAUAAAACCUUGGAAAAUGUCAACCAGUCCGCACAUAAGGUAGACAUGUCAGGAAAGCCACUACCGGUACUUACGAAUUUGGACCGUGGGAAAUAUAGUGUUGUGGUGUUUGACAAUAUGAACAGUUAUGUAUACAUGGAUAAGUGGAAUAGAGGUUUACUGGACAAGUAUUGCAAGGAUUAUGGGGUUGGCAUUGUGGGGUUCAACCAUCCGAGUGAAGAGACACUCGUAGGAGCUCAGUUGUCCGGGUUUCCGCUGUUUGUCCACACUAACCUCAGGUUAAAAGAUGCAAUCCUGAAUGCAGCAUCUCCCGUAUUGCGUGUUUUGAGACCUGGGAACACAGUCUGGGGAGCGCUUCCUGGUGAAAAUUGGAUGGUUUUUUCUCCAAACCAUACAACUUAUGAACCUCUGGUUUGGGCCACUCAGGUUGUGGAGCACGAUGAUGCCAUCAGACGUCUUCCUGUGGUGCUGCAUGAUACGGGCGCCUACGAUGGCAUCCAGCGAGUGCUCUUUGGCAGCGGUCUAAUGUUUUGGUUGCACAGAUUGCUGUUUCUUGAUGCUCUUUCAUAUCUAAGCCAUGGCCAAAUAAGCAUAAGUCUUCAGAGAUACGUUCUAAUUGAUAUUGACGAUAUUUUUGUUGGAGAGAGAGGCACAAGACUGAAGAAGGAUGAUGUAGAAGCAUUGUUAGAAACUCAAGAGCGAAUACAGAGGAUAAUUCCAGGUUUCCGUUUCAACUUGGGAUUUUCUGGAAAAUACUUCCACCAUGGGACGCAGGAAGAAAAUAUAGGUGAUGACAUACUGUUGCAAAACGUAGGUAGAUUUACAUGGUUCUGUCACAUGUGGAGCCAUCAGCAGCCUCACCUUUACGAUAACGUAACGUACUUGGAAACAGAGAUGGGUCUGAACCAUGCUUUUGCAGAAGAGCACGGCAUCCCAGUGGACUCCGGGUAUUCCAUCUCCCCCCAUCACUCGGGCGUGUACCCCGUUCACGAAAUUCUUUAUGAGGCUUGGAAAUCCGUGUGGAACGUGAAAGUGACAGCAACGGAAGAGUAUCCGCACCUGCGACCGGCAAGACUUCGCAAGGGCUUUGUCCACAGGAACGUCAUGGUGCUCCCUCGACAGACAUGCGGUCUCUUCACUCACACCAUCACCAUCGAACGCUACCCAGGUGGCAGAGAGAAGCUUGACGAAUCAAUCCAGGGAGGAGAGCUGUUUCAAACGCUGGUAUUCAAUCCCAUCAAUAUCUUCAUGACCCACAUGUCUAACUACGGCAAUGACAGGCUGGGUCUUUACACAUUCGAGUCUGUGUUGAGGUUUGUGCAGUGUUGGACUAACCUCCGUCUGCUGACCGCCUCGCCGGUCCAGCUGGGAGAAAAGUACUUCAAGCUGUACCCAGAUGAGGUGAACCCUCUUUGGGGCAAUCCCUGCCACGACGCUCGUCAUCUUAAGAUAUGGUUUCCCAAGCCGUGUGACCAGCUGCCACACUUUCUGGUAAUUGGACCCCAGAAAACAGGUACAACUGCACUCUACACAUUCCUCUCCAUCCACCCCAAUGUAACGAGCAACUACCCAAACCCAGACACUUUUGAAGAGAUUCAGUUCUUCAGUGGUAAAAAUUACUACAGGAGCUUAGAAUGGUACAUGAAUUUUUUCCCUUCGCUUCACAACAGUAGUUUCCAAUAUUUGUUCGAGAAGAGUGCCACAUAUUUUGAAGGGGAGCUGGUUCCCAAACGGGCACGGGCACUGUUGCCUCACGCCAAGAUAGUGACAAUACUGACAUCGCCCACGAAGCGGGCUUACAGCUGGUACCAGCACGCCCGGGCCCACGGCAACCAGAUGGCUCUGGAGCAUUCAUUUCACCAGGUGGUGACUGCCAACGACACUGCGCCCAAGCCCUUGCGUGAGCUGAGGAACCGCUGCUUGCACCCCGGCAAGUACUCUCAGCACUUGGAGCGCUGGCUCCUGUACUUCCCAGCCCAGCAGAUCUACGUGAUCGACGGAGACCUGUUGCGGUCCAACCCGGUCAAGACGAUGACGGAUCUGCAGCACUUCCUGAACAUCACCCCGCCGCUGAACUACUCGUCGCAGCUGAGGUUCGACCCGAAGAAGGGCUUCUUCUGCCAGGUGAUGGAGACGAACCAGACCAAGUGUCUGGGGCGGAGCAAGGGCAGGAAGUACCCUGCCAUGGAGGAGCGCUCGCUCAAGUUCCUCCAGCGCUACUACCUGUCCCACAACACGGCUCUGGUCAAGCUGCUGAAGCGUGUCUCCUUCUGGAGCUUCCCGGCUUGGCUGCGGGAGGAGCUGGCCGACUCGGCGGCCACCUGACGGUGACGAAGACACAAGGCCACCUCCAAGAUGACAGUAGCUGGGCCACCAUCUGAUCUCAUUUCAAAAGCACACCUUCUGGCUGCCAGGACAUCGCAUCGCAAGACACCGCCUCAUGAGGGCAUGAUACUGUCCGAACGACCCGUGGUGUAUCUGUCUCGAAAACAAACCUUCUCUGCGUGUCGUUGGCUCCACAGUUCUUGUGCGGGAAGGGAGCUCAACCAGCGGCUGUACGGCAAGUGCCCCGACGACCAACAGCACAACUACGUCA